AUGGGGAAACUUGAUAAAAUGUUGGAAAUAUUAUGUCUUUCUUCAAGUUCAAACUCAUGUUUCUGUCUAAAUUCUAUAGAAUUUGACCAUGAGUUUGAGAGUAAGCCUUUUAUAGCAAGUGACAAAGAUGGUCAUAAACUAAAAUUGAAGGAUGUUGUUUCUGGAAAACAAACUUUGAGUUUUCAGUUGAAACCUAAGAUAGUUUUAUUGAGGGUGUCCAUGCAUUGCCAUGGAUGCGCAAGAAAAGUUGAGAAACAUAUAUCAAAGCUUGAAGGAGUGAAGUCGUACAAGGUAGAUCUAAACACUAAAAUGGUAGUUGUUAUUGGUGACAUACUUCCUUUGGAGGUGUUGCAAAGUGUAUCCAAGGUUAAAAAUGCACAGUUUUGGAAUUCUACUUGCAGCUAG